AUGUUACGUGUACGUUCAGCUUUUCGUAGUCUGAAAUUAUUACAGGCUAGUCGUUUUUUAAGCGAUUCUACACAACAUGUUGAUACAACGUAUAUGGAAAUACCUAUAUACAAUGUGGACAAACCCCAAGAGUUAGAGAAACGAAAGGCAAGACUACACUACCAAUCACGCAAACGGGGUAUGCUGGAAAAUGAUCUAUUGCUUAGUACUUUUGCUAAGAAAUAUCUAGAUGGAUUCAACGAAGAACAGACCAUGAUGUAUGAUAGACUUAUCAAUUCACCUAGCAAUGAUUGGGAUAUAUUUUACUGGAUCGUUGAAAAGCAGCCAACUCCAAAGGAGUUUGACAAUGAAAUUAUGGAUUUGUUAAAGAAGCACGCUAAGAAUGAAGACCGAGUUGCUCUAUCACAACCACCUCUUUACUAA